UUUUAUAUGCGCCCCCACGUGAGAAUAUGGGGGAUCACUGCAAAAGUUUUGUCAUAGGCAUAAUCUCUUCAUUCUUUUUCUAUUUUCUGGGAACUCCCGGACGGGCUUAUCUUUUAACCGUCGUUUCUUCUGAGCACUCCCGCCCCCCGAAGAUGAAUGACGAUUAUCCAAUCUCCAUCCCACGGGAAAAAAAGGAAAAAGAAAGUGAAAAUGAGCAAAUUUGGAAUUUUGCUUCUCUGUAUUUGCCCACCCUAGCCAGGUGUGCCCGACCCACAUGAACACAGGACCCUCCUCCUUGACACGACCAAUCCGUUCCUCAUGCCAAGUAUCUUCUGCCGUGUCACUGUGCAGACACGUUACAGUAGGUUCUAAUCUGCUCCUACCCCUUUUGCCUUUGGUCUUACUUGGCGACAGUACAUAAAUAGCGCUCGCCCUUCGAGCCGUGAGCUUUACUGCUAAGUCCCCCUCCAGUCUUUGUACUCCUGUGCAGUCCUUUUUCUUGGGUGUAGUGGGGUCUGGGUGUUCUUUCUGGUUUUUCGUUUUAGGGAGAGGGAGAGGAUGUUGAAGGCUGGGGUGGGAGAGAAAAAGCAGGGCAGGAAGCCCGCCCAGGCGAGCUCGAGAAAGGGGUGCAUGAGGGGCAAAGGUGGUCCCGAGAAUGCUUCCUGCACCUACAAGGGGGUGCGGCAGAGGACGUGGGGCAAGUGGGUCGCCGAGAUCCGGGAGCCCAACCAUGGCGCCCGUCUCUGGCUCGGGACCUUCGACACGUCCCUCGAUGCGGCGGUCACCUACGAUGCAGCUGCCCGGAAGCUGUACGGGUCGGAGGUGAAGCUGAACUUGCCCGAGCUGUAUGCCGCCGUACCCACCACCAAUCUGCAACCUCCUGCCCUAGCUCCAGCUAUUACUACCCAAGCUGUUAACCCUGUGGGAAACCAAGCUCAAAUCUUUCAUAACUUGGUCCCUAAUCCACCAGUCGCACCCCCUGUUCCCGUGAUCGCUCAUGUGACGCCUAAACUUCAGAACACCCAAGCCACGCCCAUCUCUAAUGAUGGCUUUCAGGCUCACGGUAACGAUCCAGUCGAUCGGGUCCACGACAGCCUCAAACUCGGACAAGACAUCGAGGAAAACGACCUGUGGGGGAACCCAAACGUGAACUUGCCGUUCUUGGACGAGUCAUUAUGGCAAGAGGCUGCAAUGUCAGUGGACUUCCCUGUUUUGGACGAUCCCGUCAACUUUGCAGGGAAUUUCAUGGAUGGCAACGCCUGGGAGUCUUCUCUACCGUCUCCAUGGUACGUGUGAAAAAAAAAAUGGCCUUUGGGUCGUCAGCACAUAUGUGUAUAGUUAUAUAUGUGUGCAUAUACUAUUAUGUGAAAAGUCUCUAUAAGAACUUAUAGGAAACAUAUAUAGGUAUAUAGAAGCAUGCAUGGUGAUGGCCACGAAAAGGUCCUGAUAUAUCUGAGCUAUUGGCCGUGGCCACUUUUACAUGUAAAAAAAAAUCUUUCGCGUGUCCCGGAGACGUUAAAUUAUGUAUUUCCAUAGGCACCUUAUAUUGCACAUAAUGAAGUCCGUAUCGUAUAUUCCAUCAGUAUUGGUCUGCGUUUGCAGGUAUUUUUACUGUAACUAAAUAGCGUACUGCGUUACCCCGACAAAUGCGUACGUGUACAUAUGUAUUUAUACAUGCAUGUCGUAUUCAGAUGUAUACGUACGGAUAUAGAUGACGGAGAUAAUUAGUCGUUUCUCCGUAGAUGAUUGCGGGACACCUUGCGUCUUGUGUCAGCUGCAAGAUAAUUUGGACAA